AUUUAGACGGUCUACUCUUUACACUAAAGCAUCGAUACAUUCGCUGCCUGGUGUUUUCGGAUGAACUAUUUUCCAAUCUCUCUGAAUAAUUUGUUCUUGGUAUUUUCUUCUGUAGUGGAAUAGACGACUUGGAUUAUGUCGGUUCUUUGUUGUUUUUUCGCCCAAAGAGGCGCAUCUUUGACGCUGAUUUCAUCAUGGCCAAUACAGCAUCUCGUGCUGUGCGUCUUUGUCAUGGCCGUUGCGCGCGGGCAGGUCCGUUAUUCUAUUCCAGAAGAGAUGAUGAAGGGCUCGCUGGUGGGAAAUAUCGUUCAGGAUCUCGGUUUGGAUGUUAAGAGGCUGAAAUCUGGUCGAGCGCGGAUCUUUACGGAGGACAGUCGUGAGUACAUCGGUCUGAAUGUGGAUAAAGGGACUCUGGUAGUGAAAGAGAGGAUAGAUAGAGAGGAGCUGUGCGCCCAAGUGUCUCCCUGCUCCUUGCAUUUUCAGAUUAUUCUAGAAAAUCCAUUGGAGCUGCAUAGGAUUGAUGUAGAAAUACUAGACAUUAAUGAUCAUGCUCCUUCUUUCAUGAACAAAGAGAUUAUUUUUCAAAUAAGCGAAUCAGCUUUAUCUGGGGCUCGAUACUCUAUUGAUAGCGCUAAUGAUCCAGAUGUAGGUUUAAGUUCACUUCAGACAUAUAGAUUGGAUCCAAACGACCAUUUUGUGCUCAAAACGUUGUCUCACACUGACGGUACUAAAUACGUGGAAAUGGUCUUGCAGACACCAUUGGACAGAGAAAAACAGGAGGAGUAUAUUUUAAUUUUAACCGCGUUUGACGGAGGAACUCCUCAAAAAACAGGUACAGUGAAAAUAAACGUUAUUGUCUUAGAUGCAAAUGACAACGCUCCUGUUUUUAGUCAGUCUGUGUAUACAGCACUUGUCGCUGAAAAUGCGCCAAUGGGUUCAUUAGUCUUAAAGAUUAGUGCCACUGACGCAGAUCAAGGAACAAAUAAACACAUGUCCUAUUCAUUCUCACAAAUCAGUAAAAGCAUAUUGAAUAGUUUCAGUAUUGAGUCCACUAAUGGUGAUAUUACAGUUAUUGCCCCUCUAGACUUUGAGAAAUCCAAGAAAUACGAAUUAAAUGUGGUGGCGACAGACAAUGGUGGUUUAACAGAUACUGCUAAAGUGAUGGUGGAAAUUACAGACGUUAAUGACAAUGCCCCUGUAAUUAAUGUAAUAUCUUUCUCAAACCCUUUGCCAGAAAAUUCAGCUCCUGAGACAGUGAUAGCGAUGCUGAAUGUCAAAGAUUUAGAUUCGGGAAAAAAUGGACAGGUUAGAUGUUUAAUUAAUCCUAGUUUACCAUUCCGAAUCAGACAAUCAUCCUCAAAUUUCUACAGUCUGAUCACUGAUCAGCUUUUAGACCGUGAAAAAAUAUCUGAAUAUAAUAUUACAAUAACAGCUAUUGAUGAGGGCUCGCCUUCAUUCACUACUAAUAAAACAUUGAUUCUGAAACUCUCUGAUGUCAAUGACAACGCCCCUGUGUUUCAGCGUCAGUCAUACACCGCAUAUGUGAUGGAAAAUAAUUCGCCCGGAGUCUCUGUACUAUCUGUUAAAGCGCAUGACAAAGACGCUGGCAAUAAUGAGCAUCAUUAGUCUGGACAGCAGCGGAACACAGACACUCACGCAUGCGCAAAGAGGAAAACUGAAUAAUGACGAUUAUUUUGAUCAG